AUGGUUGACGGCAUCAGCAUUAGAAACAGUGUGUGCCCUGUGGCCUUCACCAUCAAGCAGAAGUGUGAACUGUCCAAUGGCCACCAUGAGGUCAUCCUUACAUUCUCCAAUGUCAUCCAAGCCUGUGUCCUGGAAAAGUCUCACAAGUCCCUCUGUUAUGGCCUGCGCGGUUCGCCCUGCACUAAGGAUGAGGAGUGUUGCUCUGAUCAGAUGUGUGUGUGGGGCCAGUGCACAGUGAACGCCACCUCAGGAGCAGAGGGGACCAUCUGUCAGGGUCAGAGCGACUGCAUGCCCGACCUCUGCUGCGCCUUCCAGAGAGAGCUGCUGUUUCCAGUGUGUAAUCCCAAACCCGAGAAGGGGGAGUCCUGUUGGAGCCACCCCAACCUGCUGGUGGACAUGCUGGCCUGGGACCAGGAGGGGCCCCGGGACCACUGCCCCUGUGCCCUCAACCUCCAGUGCCAACCCCAGGGACGUGGAUCUGUUUGUGGAGAGUAACUGGAGACGGAGAGAACAUGAAGAAGAUAAAUAUGAAAGCUGUCCAAGCACACCUGCUGACCAACAGUUUAGAAAAUAAGAUGUUGCGUCAAAACAGGACUUGCACUGUAAUAGUUAUGCCUUGCAAUCAAUGUGUAUUGUAUAUCAUUAAGCCAAUAAAACACUUGUUUUUA